AUGCUAUCGCCAAUGCGCGUGCGGCAAUCGCGUCGAUUAGGUAUCCUGCGUCGAGCGGAAAGGUGGGCUCGGUUCGUCUCGUCGGGUGCGAAAGAGUUCGUCUUAUUAGAAGGGGCAGGGUUGGUAGCAGGAACGGUUUUCGAGGGCCUCGCAAUCAGGUAG